UGGCGACAUAGUGCUAGGUUUGCCAAAUGUGUUGGAAAACAACAAACAGUUUCAGAAUGGCGGCCCCCUUGGCACGGAUCAGUGAGAAGUUCUGUAGACACCUGUCCCGACCAUGGAGCAUAUUCCAGCUGGGCAUUCGAAACCGGUCUUCACUGUCUGCUUUUGAGCCAUCUACUGAAAAUGAGGCUAAGCCUGGGGUCAUGUGUCCUCCACUGCAGACCUACUCUGAAGAAGAGAGUAUGAUGAAGGAAGCAGUGAAGAAGUUUGCUCAAGAACAGAUUUCACCGUUUGUGUCUGAAAUGGAUGAAAACUCCAAAAUGGAUGAGAAGGUCAUCAGAAGUCUCUUUGAGCAAGGGUUAAUGGGUAUUGAAAUUGACCCACAAUAUGGUGGCACUGGAUCCAGCUUUUUCGCGUCCAUUUUGGUGAUUGAAGAACUAGCAAAAGUGGACCCAUCUGUUGCGGUUCUGUGUGACAUUCAGAACACACUCAUCAACACAUUGCUGUCCAAACUGGGGAAUGAAGUGCAAAAAGAGAAAUACCUCACUCGUCUCUCCACAGAUAUGGUGGGUAGUUUCUGUUUAUCAGAGGCAGAAUCUGGAAGUGAUGCUUUCUCCCUCAAGACUCGUGCAGAAAAGUGCAAAGAUUAUUACAUUAUUAAUGGCUCAAAGAUGUGGAUCAGUAAUGCAGAGCAUGCUGGGGUGUUCCUGGUGAUGGCCAACGUAGAUCCCUCUGCUGGUUACAAGGGCAUUACUUGUUUCAUAGUGGAUCGGGAAACAGAAGGACUUCAUAUUGGCAAAAAGGAGAACAAGCUUGGUCUGCGUGCCUCCUCCACAUGCCCACUUAACUUGGAUAAUGUCAAGGUUCCUGAGAAGAAUAUUUUGGGACACAUUGGCCAUGGUUAUAAAUAUGCGAUUGGAAUGCUCAAUGAAGGAAGGAUUGGCAUUGCCGCUCAGAUGCUGGGUUUGGCUCAAGGCUGCUUUGAUCACGCUGUGCCUUACACGAGACAGAGGGUACAAUUCCAGAAACGCAUAUUUGACUUCCAGGGCAUGCAACAUCAGAUUGCUCAUGUGGCUACCCAGCUUGAGGCUGCCAGGCUGCUGACAUAUAAUGCUGCCCGACUGAAGGAGGCCCAGAGGCCAUUCAUCAAAGAAGCCUGUAUGGCUAAGUACUUCACAGCUGAGGUUGCAACUCUGACUACAUCAAAAAGCAUCGAAUGGAUGGGAGGUGUAGGCUUCACCAAAGACUACCCUGUUGAGAAAUUCUACCGAGACUGUAAAAUAGGUACUAUCUAUGAGGGAACAACUAAUAUCCAGCUCACUACCAUUGCCAAGUUCAUUGAUCAGGAUUAUGACCAGUGAGACGCCUCUGCAUGUGUCUUCAGAACAAAGCACUCCGAACUUUGGCAUAUCAUCUGAACCUAAACGUUUUGGGGAUUUAUUGUGUGGUUGCUGCUGUGUGUUCUGUUGUUUUAUGCUAAUAAUAUAAUUACUGGGGUAAGUGAAUAUGUUUGUCAAACUCAGUAAACUCUAGUGUAAAUUAUGUGCACUAGUACUGCUACAAGGAUAUGCAGUUUACUAAAUAAUGUAACAAGCCUUACUAGAUUCUGUGGUGUCAGUUUUGUUUCCUCAAAUUAAAAAUAAUAAAAAAUAAUUUGAGUACUGUA